AAUGCAAUUUUUUAUAGUGGAAGUAAUAUUUACGUUCUCUUUGUUCAAAAAUUUACAUUCUGGCGUUAAUACCGUAAAUUUUCCAUUUCUUUGCAGAGGAUUUGUUUUGAAAGUAGAGGAGAUAAAAUAAUUGGUUGCAUCUAGUGGUUUUGUGCCUUUUCCGGCGUAAUUGGAGUCCCGAAACUAGUAAAGAACAACUUUUAAAGUAAUUUAGAGUAACAAAACCUGGUCAAUGGUGGUACGACGUUUUCCGACGAAAUCACGAUCACACACUGGUGCUAUUUAAUUUUAGACAAUAAUCAAACAAAGGAGAAAAGAUCUAAAAUUCCUUGGUGUUAAAUCAGGAAGUCAAAAGUGGGUUGAAAAAGCGUUCUAUGGAUUGGUAUCCUGGCACAGCGUGGCACAGGAUAUAAUCCUUCCUCUGGUCUAUCGUAAAUCAGAGACCAAUUCAUUUUCAUUACAAAUGGCUGAAGGUAUCGUGUCUGCGAGGGCUAAAUCUAACGACGAGAAAUCUCAUUUUACUGCAGAACCGAAGAACCAAGGAAGAUCUUUACCUUGGAUUGGCGUUGACAUUGGAGGAACGUUGGCCAAAGUCGCGUAUUUUGAGUACUACGAGAACGGAGAUAACAUCACGUAUUGUGCGACUAACCACGCUGCUGUUCAAGAGUUCGUCAAGUCAACCCAGCAGUAUGGUUCCGAAGGGGAGCGUGAUACGAGACUGGAGUUGAAAGACGUCAAAUUGGGAACAAGAAAAGGAAAUAUGCAUUUUAUUCGCUUUCCCACGUCCAGAAUGGACGCGUUCUUUGAACUUGCGAAGGAAAGAGCGAAGGAUUUUUCGGAAAGGAAGGUUCACGCUACCGGUGGUGGAGCGUAUAAAUUUGAGAAAGAAUUUAAAGAGGUUUUAGAUCUUGAACUUGUCAAAAGUGAUGAACUGCAUUGUUUAAUCAAAGGAAUUCAUUUCAUUGACGCCAACUUUAUUGGUGAAUGUUAUUACUUCAAAUUCUCAGACAAUUCAGCCAAGCCAGAAAAGAUCACGUAUGACUUUCAGUCUGCUUGUCCUUACCCUUUCAUCGUCGUCAAUGUUGGUUCUGGCGUCAGCAUCUUAGCCGUGCGUUCAUCCAGUGAAUUUGAUAGGAUCACGGGAUCUGCUUUAGGAGGUGGAACAUUUGUUGGACUGAGUUGUCUUCUGACGGGUUGCAAGACAUUCGAGGAAGCGUUAGAACUCGCAGCCAAAGGUGACAACAGAAACGCGGAUAAAUUGGUCAAAGAUAUUUACGGUGGCGAUUAUACGAGAUUUGGACUUCCUGGCGACGUUGUUGCAAGCAGUUUUGGCUCGAUGAUACUUCCUGAGAAACGCGCCAAUGUGAGGAGAGAAGAUCUCGCUUGCGCAACUCUCAUGAUGAUCACGAAUAACAUUGGAUCAAUUGCAAGAAUGUGCGCGAUCAAUGAGGGUAUAGAUCGUGUCAUCUUCGCUGGGAAUUUCUUACGGAAAAACAGUCUGUCGAUGAGCAUGCUAGCCCGCGCCAUGGACUUUUGGUCAAAAGGAACUAUGAAAGCGAUCUUCUUGGAACACGAGGGAUAUUUUGGUGCUGUCGGGGCUUUGUUAGAAUCGCUUGACGACUUCACACCAACUUCAUAACUCAUUUUGAGGAAGAAAAUCUCCAAUGUAAAGAAAUCGGUCAAUAGUAAAGAGAAGUUCAAUUGUUCGUCGCGCCAUUCACCGUUUAUUUUAUCUAAAGACAAGCAACUAGAUCAACUAUUUAUAAUAUUCUUUUGCCCAAUCGCCAAAGUACGGAAAUUUUAUAUAGUUAUGAGAUAGGGAAUUUUAAUUUAUCAUCAAGGUAAUACCAGCACUAUACAUCUAUUAUAAUUACCAUGAAAUGAAAGCACAAUAUCAAACUUUUAACAUUCACGUAAUUAGAGUAAAUAAGUAUAUAUUUUAGUAUAAUAAGUUUAAAAAUAUAUAAUUAGCCAAAUCAGCGAUAUCCAUAUUAUUGGAACUGGGAAGUUGCGCAAAUAGUGAAAAGUCUGAUUCAGGGUAUCUAUCGAACUGACGCAAACUGGAUA